UCUCUCUCUCCCUCCUUCUCUCUCUAACUCUCACUCCAUCAGGUCCUCCUCCCAUCACUCUUCCCCUGGCAGAGCGCAGGGAGCAGACUCUCUUCUUUGCAGCAAGAGGAGGAGGAGGAGGAGGAAAAGACUGGAUGAAGGAGGGAGAAAGUCAAGGAAAACCCACGACGAAGACAGGAGGAGGAGGAGAAGGAGGAGGAGGAAGAGAGGGAGGAGGAAGAAAGCAUAAAAGUGGAGGAGUGAAGUUCUGCAGAUGUGUUCACGGGAGCGUGUGUGAGGUUGAGAGUUGGACGGAGUCAAGGAGACAAGAUACAAGAAAGGGGAGGAAGAGCGGGUCACAGAGGAGAGGAGGAUAAGAAGAGGAGGAGGAGGAAGGGGUAGUUGCUUGGAGGGUGGGAAGGUGGGGGACACCUUUUUAUUGUAAACAUUUCUUUGGUGAAAGCGUUUUGGGAGGCUGUGCAACACCGGUUGCCUCCUCGCAGAAUCCACUCCUGUCCUCUCCUGUCUCUCUCUCUCUCUCUCUCCAUCCCCCUCUCUCUCCCCUCAUCUCCCGCCAAGCUCCCGCCGUGGGGUCUCAGCUCUCCGUCUCCCUCCCCCCCUCCCUCGCUCCCUACCUCCCCCGCACCCUGCUGGGCGCCUCGGAGCUGCUGCGCGCCGGGAGGAUGUCUCGGAGUCGUCGCAGGGACUCGCCGCCACCGUCGCCGCCUCCUCCACCGCUGCUGGGAGUGCGCAGAGUGGGCGAGAUGGAGCACGAGGAGGACGACCGGCCGGAGCGCGCGGAGCCGCUGACCGACGCGGAGCGGGAGAUCAUCCAGGACACGUGGGGGCGCGUGUACGAGAACUGCGAGGACGUGGGCGUGUCUGUGCUCAUAAGGUUCUUCGUGAACUUCCCGUCGGCCAAGCAGUACUUCAGCCAGUUCCAGGACAUGGAGGACCCCGAGGAGAUGGAGAGGAGCUCCCAGCUGAGGCACCACGCCCGCCGGGUGAUGAACGCCAUCAACACCGUGGUGGAGAACCUCCACGACCCGGAGAAGGUGUCUGCUGUGCUGGGUCUGGUAGGCAAGGCCCAUGCCCUCAAACACAAGGUGGAGCCCAUGUACUUCAAGAUCCUCAGUGGGGUGAUGUUGGAGGUUCUGUCAGAGGACUUCCCUGAGUAUUUCCCCGUCGAGGUGCAGGAGGUCUGGAGCAAGCUGAUGGGGGCGCUGUACUGGCACGUGACGGGCGCCUACACUGAGGUGGGCUGGGUCCAGGUGUCCAGCUCCGCAGUCUGAGUGGGAGGGGGGGGGGGGG